CCCCAAACAUAAGCAACGGAGAACUACUUUUGUACUCUCACUUUGUCUGUCUCAAUUCUCUCUCAAAAUCUUUCUUCGUCUCCGACUCUACUUUUUAAUUACUCUCUUUCUCUCUCUCUCUCUCUCUCUCUCUCUCUCUCUCUCUCUUGUUCCAGAAACGAUAUCUAGAAGAAACCCUAGAUUGAGUAACAAUGGAAGAGAGCGCCAACGACGCCACCAACAAUGCCGCCCGAGCCAUUGCCGUAGCCCUCGACUGGACCUCUACUCCCGACGCUCGAAAAGCCGCCGUCUCUUACCUUGAAUCCAUAAAAGGAGGAGAUGUGAGAUUUUUGGCCAACACAUCAUUCCUAUUAGUGAAAAAGGACUGGUCUUCAGAAAUUCGCUUGCAUGCAUUCAAAAUGUUGCAGCAUUUGGUUCGGCUACGGUGGGAGGAACUAAGCUCUGAAGAACAUAGGAAUUUCGCAAAUGUUGCUCUUGAGUUGAUGUCAGAUAUGGCAAAUCCUUGUGAGGAAUGGGCUUUAAAGAGUCAGACGGCAGCCCUUGUUGCUGAGAUAGUCAGAAGAGAAGUGCUCCUAUGGCAAGAACUGUUUCCUUCUCUAGUGCCCAUCUCCAGCCAGGGUCCUAUUCAAGCUGAGUUGGUGUCAAUGAUGCUGAGGUGGCUUCCUGAAGAUAUUACUGUCCAUAAUGAAGAUUUGGAAGGUGAUAGACGAAGACUACUGCUACGUGGGCUUACUCUAUCUUUGCCUGAAAUUUUGCCUCUAUUAUACACGUUACUAGAAAGGCAUUUUGGAGCUGCACUAAAUGAAGCAGGCAAACAACAAUUGGACAUCGCAAAACAACAUGCAGCCACAGUUACAGCCACGUUGAAUGCUAUUAACGCGUAUGCUGAAUGGGCUCCAUUACCUGAUCUUGCUAAAUAUGGUAUAAUUCAUGGGUGUGGUUUCUUGCUUUCUUCUCCUGACUUUCGUCUUCAUGCUUGUGAAUUUUUUAAACUUGUCUCCCCAAGGAAGAGACCUAGCGAUGACUCUGCUUCUGAAUUUAAUUCUGCAAUGACCAGUAUCUUUCAUAUGUUAAUGAAUGUUGCCAAAGAAUUCUUGUACAGAUCCGCUUCCAAUGCCGGGGCUGUUGAGGAAAGUGAGAUUGAGUUUGUGGAGUACAUCUGUGAGAGUAUGGUGUCUUUGGGUUCUUCAAACUUGCAAUGUAUUUCUGGUGAUAUCACUGUGCUACCUCUUUAUUUAGAGCAGAUGCUAGGGUUGUUUCAGCAUUUUAAGCUGGCACUUCAUUAUCAAUCUCUGCUCUUCUGGCUGGCACUAAUGAGAGACUUAAUGUCAAAGUCAAAGACUGUUGUGCAUUCAUCUGGGGAGGGAUUAGCUGUUAAAGUGAGCUUUGGUCCUACCCAGGUUGAUAAUGAAAAGCUAAAGAUCUUAAGUCUUGUGAAUGAUGGUAUAUGUAGUGCGAUUCUGGAUACUUCUUUCCAGCGUGUGCUUAAGAAAGAGAAGGUUCCUCGUGGAAUGGCACUUUCUUUGGGGUCUUUGGAGUUGUGGAGUGAUGAUGUUGAGGGCAAGGGUGAUUUUGGCCAGUACCGGUCGAAGCUGUUAGAAUUGAUCAAGUUUUUUGCUUCCUACAAGCCCCUUAUAGCUGGUGCUAAGGUUUGUGAAAGGAUCGAUGCAAUCGUCAAAAGCCUCUUGCUUUCUUCUAAUUCUCAGGAAUUAGCUGUCAUGGAAAGCAUGCAAUUGGCUCUGGAAAAUGUUGUAAGCACAAUUUUUGAUGGGUCAAAUGAAGUUGUUGGUGGGAGUUCUGAAGUUCAACUUGCACUGGGAAAAACAUUUGAAGGGUUGCUCCAGCAGCUUCUUUCUUUGAAGUGGACUGAGCCAGCUUUUGUGGAAGUACUUGGACAUUAUUUGGAAGCAUUGGGUCCCUUUUUGAAGUAUUUCCCAGAUGCAGUUGGGAGUGUUAUCAAUAAAUUGUUCGAACUUCUAACCUCACUUCCUUUUAUUGUUAAGGAUCCUUCUACAAAUAGUGCUCGUCAUGCAAGGUUGCAAAUUUGUACGUCAUUUAUUCGUAUUGCCAAAGCUGCUGACAAAAGUGUUCUGCCUCACAUGAAGGGCAUAGCAGAUACCAUGGCAUAUUUACAAAGAGAAGGUUGUUUGCUUCGGGGUGAACACAAUCUUCUAGGUGAAGCAUUUCUUGUCAUGGCUUCAUCGGCAGGGGUUCAACAACAACAAGAAGUUUUGGCCUGGUUAUUGGAACCUUUGAGCCAACAAUGGAUGCAGCAGGAGUGGCAAAACAACUAUUUGUCUGAACCGUUAGGUCUAGUUCAGCUGUGCUUUGAGACACCAACUAUGUGGUCAAUUUUCCAUACAGUUACCUUUUUUGAGAAGGCACUUAAGAGAAGUGGAACAAGAAAACCCCAGGCAAACUUGCAGAACAGCUCAAGAGCAACUUCCACUCACUUGCAUCCAAUGGCUUCUCAUCUAUCAUGGAUGCUGCCUCCUCUGCUAAAACUGCUCCGUGCAAUACACUCCCUUUGGUCUCCAUCUAUAUCUCAGAACCUACCUGUAGAAGUAAAAGCUGCCAUGAUGAUGAGCGAUGUUGAGAGAUACAGUCUUCUCGGGGAAGGAAACCCUAAAUUGUCAAAGGCUGCAUUAACUUUCACUGAUGGAUCCCAGAUAAGCAUGAGUAAGGAAGGGAUUACAGAGCCAAAUGAAACUAAUAUAAGAAAUUGGUUGAAAGGAAUCAGAGACAGUGGGUACAAUGUACUGGGCUUAUCAACUACUAUUGGCGAUUCGUUUUUCAAAUGUCUGGAUAUACAUUCAAUUGCUUUAGCCCUGGUGGAGAACAUACAAUCAAUGGAGUUCAGGCAUUUAAGGCAGCUUAUUCACUCAGUUUUUAUUCCUUUAGUUAAAAAUUGCCCUCAAGAAGUGUGGGAUAUAUGGCUGGAAAAGCUUUUGCACCCGUUAUUUUUACACUCUCAGCAAGCUCUUAGCUGCUCCUGGUCUGGUCUUCUACAUGAAGGCAGAGCGAAGGUUCCAGAUGCCCAUGGCAUAUUUGCUGGGUCUGACUUGAAAGUGGAAGUAAUAGAGGAAAAGCUACUUAGAGAUCUAACUAGGGAGGUUUGUGCACUUCUCGCUGUUAUAGCUUCACCGCAGCUGAAUACCGGCCUUCCUUCCUUGGAGCAUUCUGGACAUGUCACUCGUGUUGACUUAUCUGCACUCAAAGACUUGGAUGCAUUUGCAUCUGGCUCAAUGGUUGGUUUCCUUUUGAAGCACAAAGGUCUGGCCCUUCCAGCCUUGCAGAUUUGUCUAGAAGCUUUUGCAUGGACAGAUGGUGAAGCUGUGACCAAAGUUUCUUCUUUUUGUGCUGCUCUAGUUGUUUUAGCUGUAGUUACAAAUAAUGUGGAGCUCCGGGAAUUUGUUGCGAAGGAUCUGUUUUCUGCAAUUAUCCAUGGUUUAGCGCUCGAGUCAAAUGCAGUUAUCAGUGCUGAUCUUGUUGGUCUUUCUCGUGAAAUAUUCAUCCAUCUUUGCGAAAGAGAUCCAGCUCCGAGACAGGUUUUGCUUUCACUCCCUUCUAUCACGCAUAAUGAUUUACGUGCUUUUGAAGAGGCUUUGACGAAGACAUCCAGUAGCAAAGAACAAAAACAACAUAUGAAAAGCUUGCUCUUAUUAGCUACGGGGAACAAGUUAAGAGCACUUGCUGCUCAAAAGAGCGUAAAUGUCAUAACAAACGUUACUGCAAGGCCGCGCGGAACAGUCAAUGCUCCGGCUGAAACCAGGGCAGACGAUGGGGAGACUGUUGGACUGGCGGCCAUAUUGUGAUGGAUUUGUUCUGAUUUGUUGUACAGAAAAUGAGGUUAACCUAGUGAAGAAAAACCCUGUUUGUGGGUAACAUACAUAGAUAGUUGAGGCGCAUUAUUUUUUGGCGUUUAGGCGUGCUGACGCUAUAAAGGAAUAAAACCAUGGAUGCCGAGCUUGUCCUCUUGAUAUUUGUUUUUGUAUAAAGAAUAUUUUAUAUGAAUAUUGAUUUACUGUCA